UACAAAACCCAAAGCAAAACGGAGGAGCUAGCGACACAUCGGUAGCACCUUUUCACCAAAACCUAAAUAAAGCAGCCAAUCCCCACCGCCCAGCGCGCGCGCCCCCUUUUUCUCAGGUACGCGCGGACACGCCACGCACGCGUCGCGUCCCGUCGAACACCUCCCGAGACAACCGGCCUCCGGCCACUGGCCCGCGCGUGCAUGGCAAUGAAGCUCCCCGGCCGCCGCCUCCUCGCUGCCGGCGCGUGCGCGCUGCUCCUCGCGGCGUUCUUCCUGGUGGCCACCCUCGUGACGACGCCGCUGCCGUUCCUGCUGCCGCCGCUAUCGCUCUCGCUCCCCUGCCUGCCCGCGGUCGCCGCGCCCUCGGGGUCCGGGUACGGCGCGCCCGGCGUCGCGGCUCUCGCUGACGCCGUCGUGGAGUACGCCGUCACGGAGACCGUGCCGCAGCAGUCGCGCGCGGAGAUCGCGCUCUCGCUCGCCGUGCUCCGCCGCCGCUCGCCACUGCGGCUGCUGGUGUUCGGCCUCGGCCGCGACUCCAGGCUCUGGCACGCGCUCAACCCUGGCGGCGCCACCGUCUUCCUCGAGGAGGACCCCGCGUGGUAUCGCGUCGUGCGGGCACAGUCGCCGUUCCUCCGCGCGCACCUCGUCGCCUACCGCACGCGGCUCGAGCACGCCGACCGCCUCCUCGCCACGUACAAGAAGCACCCCGCCUGCCUCCCCGGCGCCGACGGCGCCAACGCCACCGUGCACGUGCGCGGCAACUCGGUGUGCCCGCUGGCGCUGCACAACCUGCCGCCGGAGGUGUACGAGACCGAGUGGGACAUGAUCAUGGUCGACGCGCCCAAGGGUUACUUCGCUGCUGCGCCAGGGAGGAUGGCGGCGAUAUGGACGGCGGCAGCCAUGGCGCGUGCGCGCCGCGGCGAGGGGGACACCGACGUGUUCCUGCACGACGUGAACCGGAGGGUGGAGAGGGUCUUCGCGCAGGAGUUCCUCUGCGACAAGUUCCGGGUCGGCGGGACCGGCCGGCUUUGGCAUUUCAGGAUCCCGCCAGUGUCGCGGCGCAGGAACGAGGCGACCGCCGGCGGUGGCCGGAGACCAUUUUGUUAAGGUGGUGAGUUUUCGAGGGUUGUGUUUUGCAAAUAUCCCUAUUUGGGGUAUAAUAGGAAACCGUUAUUCAGAUACUCUGCCGUGCAGUUCAAACGGGCAUUGUUCAAAAUUAGUUUUUGAACAAGUGCUCUUUUGUUUGAACUGAAGGUCUCUAGAUGAUACGAAUCCUGAGAAAUAGCACUCUUAUGUCCUGUAUCUUCUUUUUUGCAAUGUAAGUACACUUAUGGAGUUAAUUUCUAUUUAGAUAAUGAAAAUAUAAUUUCUGAUCUUUGUACCAAUAAAAUGUUAAGACAUUGAGGAUACAGCCAUUUUUUAUUAAAUAGGCACUAGAAUUCUAAGGACACGAACUUGGACGGUUUAUAGGCAUAUAUCCACGCUCUAAACUAACUGAGCUAGACCUGGUUCCUAGGAGUUAAUUUCUUGGCAUACAAGUUUUCGAAUAC